AGUGGUCAUCAAUAUCAUCUAUCUAUCUAUGUAGUUCACAUAGUUUCAGAGAGAUCAGAAAAAGAUCAUCAUGAUGACAUCGAAGCAGCUGCUGAUCAAACCAUUAACCCUAAGUGAUAGCCAGAUCUUGGAUCUGGUUUGCAAAUUCAACCAAGUUCAUGAAACUGGUAGUGAAGAAUCGUCGUCGUUCAAUGUGCAAGCUCUUUUCAGUGUUGUAUCAACCAUUAUGAAUCGCUCACUUAUUGGUGAUGUUGAUACAGGCCACGGCACCACGAUUGAAGAAGAUCAUCACAAGGCUAUGCCAGACAACUUUGAGCCACCGACACGCAUGCUCAAGCAUAUUUCUUGUCAGAUGAUCCACACAGCUCAUGACGAGAACCACUCAUACGCACACGAAACAACAAUGUCAAUCCUGGAACAGUUAAAACCAUAUUCAUGGGAAUCAAAAGCAGUGAUAGUUCUGGCAGCAUUCUCUUUAGAAUAUGGCACUUUCUUUCACCUUUCUCAGGUUUCUGGAGAAGACAACCUCGGGAGAUCAUUGGCAUUGUUGUACCAUGUUCAUGUGUUCCAGAAAAACUUGAGAUCAGCCACUGGCUCUGAUUACAACCACAUCGUCGAGAAUGCUUUUGAAACUGUGAAGAGAAUCAUUGAGUUGCAGAGUUUGCUCAAUGAAGGUCAUGAAGAAGAGUCUGUUCCUUCUUUGACAGAGGCCAAGCAUGAAUUCCCUGUCUUUGUUUAUUGGGUUGUUCUCACCAUUGUUGCUUGUGCUCUUCAUUUUAAGUUCCUCUUGGGUCACCGGGAGGCCAAAUAUAAUUUAUCAUAUAUUAGCUGCACGAUUUUCGCGGCUCUAAGCAAAAUAAAGGCGCUUCUAGGAAGGAUAAGAAAGGAGAUAGACCACGUAUAUGGGAGCCCGGAAAGUUCGAAAGGAUUAUUUGAUAUUUCAAUUGAAGAUUUAGAUAUUUGGGAGUAAAUCUUCUAUAGCUAAUAUUC